AUGUCGCCCCCAGCAGUUCAGCUCUCAUUCACUCUCCGCACUUCUCCCAAUGUCCGCACCGUCCACCUUCUGGGUUCUUGGGAUAACUACAAAUCGCAACUUCCACUGUCGCUUGUUAAGGAUCCUGCCGCAAAGCCUGGGUCCUGGAAGGGAACUUUCCGUUUUCAAGGCUCUAAUGCCCUCAAGCUGGGCUCACGUUACUGGUACUACUAUAUCGUGGACGGCUACCAUGUGUCCCACGACCCAGCCAAGGAAUACGUGACUGAAAAGACAACCGGUCGAAAACUGAAUGUCAUUGACGUGCCCUCUGGCGACAAGGAUGGUUCCAGAGUCCAGCGGCCCUCCGUGACGACGACCAAUCUUCCCAGCAAUCGCCACAGCAGGGACAUUCCACAGGGCCGCGCUUUGAGUCCAGGAAAGAUACAACACCCCCAGCCAAGCAAGCCUUAUGCAUCUCGUUCUUUGCGGCAGGCAGACUAUGACGCAUCGCCCAUAGAUGAUCUUGAAGAACGCUUCGCCGGAUACCGCAUUGCGGACAGCUCAGCAUCGCCUUCAGAACUGUCCGACGAUGGCUCCUCUAGCGGGAAAGCAUUCUCAAGCUCUUCUCCUUCCAGUCUCUCCAGUGUGAGUGACCAUAGCUGUCGCUGUGAGAGAUAUGGCGUGACACGAUCCGGACAACGCGUCAAACUUGACUGUGGAGGGAAGCGUUGUGGAGCAUGGAGUUCUAGCUCAUCCGAGUGCAAUUCAUCUACAGGCAGUGAAGAUGACUCGAGCGAAGAUGAGAAGUACCGAAGAGCUCAUGCAAGUGCGGGAAGGACAACGACAGCAUAUGCCUCCAAGGGACGAAGUGGCGGCGAUGAUAGAAGAAGGACUGUUGUUGUCGAGAAGAGGAGGAGAUGA